ACAAGUAGGUUCCUCCGUUGCAAUAUAACAAAAAGUGCUGCGAAGUUUGCCUAACAAAAUCCUCAUCAUCGCUGCAUUAAGUUAGUUGUUUGUCACCAGAAUCCACUAACAUCUUCAUCAUGACGUCAUUUUUAAGCAACAUUAUUGGUAAUCCCUUUGCCACUCAAAUUGGCCAAGCUAUUGAAAGAGCAUCAAAUGUGACAGAAAGUUUUGAGAAUUGGGCUUUGUACAUGGAAAUAUGUGACAUGAUCAAUAACAGUGAUGAUGGCCCAAGAGAUGCAAUAAAAGCAUUUAAGAAGCUGAUUGCCACCAACGAAGGAAAAAAUGAUAUCAUCCUCAAUCAAACAUUAACUGUUUUGGAAACAUGUGUGAAGAACUGUGGUCACAGGUUUCAUGUACAAAUUGCCAAUAGAGAUUUUCUUCAGGAAAUUGUUAAAUUGCUUACAACCAAAGUCAUGCCCUCUCAAAUUUUGGUUGAUCGAAUGCUCGGCCUUCUUCAAACCUGGGCAGAUGCCUUUCAGGGCGUGAAUGGCCUUGAAGAAGUGAGCAAAGUCAACAAAGAACUGAAAGAGAAAGGGUUUGAGUUUCCAGUAGUCGAUGUUGAGCGGGCACCACCCAUACACACUCCGGCCAGGAAAACGAACAUAACAGUGGAUCCUACAACUCUGCAAAAACCUCACCAUGUGAGUGCCACUGCACCAUCUGCCGCUCCACAGCUCACUGAGGAUAUCAGCCUCAACAAUGGUUUUUAUAUUUCUGCUUCACAAAUGGCAAAAUUAAAAAGUGAACUGGAUGUGGUGAUACAAAACUGCAAAGUCUUCAAUGAACUCUUGAAUGAAAACACACCUGGACAGGAAGCUGAUGAAGAUUGGAAACUAAUGGAAGAGUUGAAUGCGACGUGCAAGGAAUUCCACAGAAGACUUGUUGAAUUAGUGAGGAGGUACACCAUUGAAAAUCUUACCAGUGAUAUUCUGCCGGUGAAUGAUGAAGUGACGAAUGUAAUGUUACGAUUUGAACGGUAUGAGAGAUUGAAGAAGGGCUCAAGUAACACAGAGGCUGCCACUUCAGACGAAUCUCAAAAUUUGGUUUGCUUAUUAUCAAAUUAUUUUGUUGAUAUUUUCAUUUUUUGA